AUGCCUCUUGAUGCCCUUGUUAUUCUGGAUCCUAUACGACCAAUAGUCGGCAGUGGACCGUUGUUGGAAAUCGACGGAGGUGAUGGAGAUCCUGUGAGCAUUACGCCAACUGGAACAGCUACACACGUACGGUGGAACGACCUGCGUCUUGUCUGUGCGUUGUCGCCGCCAACUGACCCACUUGUCGGAUUCGCGUUCCUCCAUGCCUUCAUCGACAUACUCACCAGUUAUUUUGGUCCAAACACGUCGGCGGCGACGAUACGUGACAACUUCGACGUUGUCUAUGAGCUUCUGGCUGAGGCGCUCGACGCGGGACAUCCGCUUACUACCGCCCCCAAUGCGCUGAAGGACAUUGUCAUUCCACCUUCCCUGCUUUCUUCUCUUCUUCCAACAUCCGCUGCCCUACCGAAGCCGUUUUCGUCUCCCAUACCAUGGCGUCGCGCACCGCCAGUUCGACAUUCACCAAAUGAGAUAUAUUUUGACCUUGUUGAGUCACUAGACGGAGUUGUCAGCCGCUCAGGUCACGCAACGAAACUCAUCACAACGGGUGUACUUCGAGCAAAUGCGUUACUAUCAGGCACCCCAGAUUGUUUACUGGCUUUCACGAAUCCCAAUGUGAUAACACAACCAUCCUUUCAUCCAUGCGUUCGCCUUGCUCGUUGGUCAGCGAAUCGUUCCCUUUCAUUCGUACCGCCUGAUGGUCGCUUUGUGCUCAUGGAAUAUGAACUCGUUACGCCGCCUGCGCUUCCCAUGAGCGUCAAGAUACACGUCAGCACGGAGGAAGGCAAGGCGGAGAUUACUCUAACACCUCGUCUUCCGCUUGAGUCUCUUCUCGUCUCUCUUCCCCUUGGGAACGUCUCCGGUGUCCGUGCGACUGGUGCACCUUGGUCGUGGGACUCCCAAACACGGACGCUUAAAUGGGACAUUCAUUCGCCACCUAAAAACUCAAGAUAUGUAUUGAAUGUGGCUUUUACUGCGGAUAAAAGUGUUCGUCCAACGCAUGUACUCACAACUUCAUUCAUUGUUGCGAAUGUUGCGAACGGCUCGACCUUUUCUGGAUUACGGGUCGGCAAAUUCUCCGUGAGCGAAGAGUACACGCCCUACAAGGGUGUGAGAGGACGUGCAGAAGGCAAGAUUGAGUGGCGAUGGUAA